UAAACCCAAAGAGUCCCGACAUCCCUAUGUCUCAAUGUCUCAUACCAGAAAUGAAACCCUAGCCUUCGAUCCUGUAUGACUCUCCUUUCUCUCCCUCGGAUCUCAAAUUGAGCCGCACAAGUAACUUUGCUUCCCAUCUUCCCUUCUCAAGUCGCGUUGUUGUUCCGAGGUCGCGACUUAAAUUGAAAAGCUUUGACCAUGUCUCAUCUCCCGGCAACAACAAAUUCACUCAGUGAAGCUUCUGAGGCCAAAACUCCAUCUGAGGCUAUUGCCAUUCUUUACCGCGUCCUUAAUGACCCUUCAUCUUCUUCUGAGGCUUUAAGGAUCAAAGAGCAAGCAAUCUCUAAUCUCUCUGACCUGCUGAGACAAGAGAAUCGGGCGGAGGAACUUAAAAACCUUCUGACCCAAUUGCGGCCUUUCUUUUCUUUGAUCCCUAAGGCAAAAACAGCUAAAAUCGUUCGGGUAAUUGUUGAUGCGGUGGCAAAAAUACCAGGUAUGUCUGACCUUCAGAUUUCCCUUUGCAAAGAUAUAGUGCAGUGGACCCGUGCUGAGAAGCGGACUUUUCUUCGCCAACGAAUUGAGGCGAGACUUGCUGCUCUUUUGAUGGAAAACAAGGAGUAUUCUGAGGCGUUGACACUCCUUACUGGGCUCAUCAAGGAGGUGAGAAGAUUGGACGACAAGCUGCUUCUUGUGGAGAUUGACUUACUAGAGAGCAAGCUUCAUUUUUCGUUGAGAAACCUUCCUAAAGCCAAGGCUGCACUGACAGCUGCCCGAACAGCGGCCAAUGCUAUAUAUGUGCCUCCGGGUCAGCAGGGCUCUAUCGAUCUGCAGAGUGGUAUCCUUCACGCCGAAGAGAAGGAUUACAAAACUGCUUACAGCUAUUUCUAUGAAGCAUUCGAAGCAUUCAAUGCCCUCGAAGAUCCCCAGGCCAUUUACAGCCUCAAGUACAUGUUGCUUUGCAAGAUCAUGGUGAGCCAGGCCGAUGAUGUUGCAAGCAUUAUAUCGUCACCCAAGGUCGGAUUACAAUAUCAAGGCCCAGAACUUGAUGCUAUGAAGGCUGUUGCCGAUGCUCACUCAAAACGCUCCUUGAAGCUCUUUGAGGUUGCUCUUCGAAAUUUCAAGGCCCAGUUAGACGAGGAUCAGAUUGUCCACCGGCAUCUCUCUUCCCUCUACGACACUUUGAUGGAGCAAAAUCUUUGCAGGUUGAUUGAGCCUUUCUCCCGGGUUGAAAUUGCUCACAUUGCUGAGUUGAUCGAGUUGCCUGCUGACCACGUUGAAAAGAAGCUAUCUCAGAUGAUUUUGGAUAAGAAGUUUGCUGGAACUCUCGACCAAGGUGCCGGGUGCCUCGUAAUCUUUGAUGAUCCAAAGACAGAUGCCAUAUAUCCUGCAACAUUGGAAACCAUUUCAAAUAUGGGGAAGGUUGUUGACAGUCUGUUUGUAAGAUCUGCCAAAAUAAUGGCUUGAGUUCUAGAUUGCAUACUGUCUAAAUUGACCCCAACUCGAACAGACCUAUAUUUCAAAUUCUUGUUUUGAAGGGGUUUCCUUACCCUUAGGACAAGGAUUUGGGGCAUUGAAGUCAUGAAGAUGUUCUUAGUUCAACCUUAAUCAAGUUUUAAAGUAGAAUAUGGUUUGUUAAUCAUUUUUAGUCACAUUUAGUUCCUAGUUUGACUAUUGUUGAAUCCUAAAUGGUUCAAGCUCAAUACCUCUUAAACAUCUACUAAUGCCUAACUACAUCCAUUUUGCAAUGUAUUCUACUAUACUUUAUACUUUA